GUUUAUUCAGCCAUGUUAGUUUUCUCUGCUGUUCACAAACGAUGAGAGAGAGGAGCCAUGGCCUUGUCAUUGAGCGGAGACGAUGAGGAAUAUGAUUCAGAGUCUGAGCAGCAGCGGGCAGCCAACCGGCCGAAGCCCAAGAUGGGGACAUCUUCGGCUGUUAAGCUGCCGUCCAACCGCAGCUCGUCCGGAGCCAGACGCAGGAGGACACGCUGCCGAAAGUGCGAGGCGUGCCUCCGGACCGAGUGUGGAGAGUGUCACUUCUGCAAGGACAUGAAGAAGUUCGGAGGGCCGGGGCGCAUGAAGCAGUCCUGCAUUAUGAGACAGUGCAUCGCGCCGGUUCUGCCCCACACGGCGGUGUGCGUGGUGUGUAAGGAGGCUGGGAAGGAGGACACACUGGAAGAAGAGGAGGACAAGUUUAAUUUCAUGCUCAUGGAGUGUUCCAUCUGCAAUGAGAUCGUCCAUCCCAACUGCCUCAAGGUCAGCGACGCAUCAGGAGUGGUGAAUGAUGAGCUUCCUAACUGCUGGGAGUGUCCCAAGUGCAACCAUGCUGGGAAAAGUGGAAAAGCAUUGAAGCAAAAAAGGGGUCCAGGGUUCAAGUAUGCCUCCAACCUCCCUGGCUCUCUGCUGAGGGAACAGAAGCCUGUGAAGGAGGAGGGGGACAUUUCUACUGCAGCCAAGAGGAGACCUGAAAGAGAGGAGACACCCCGGUACAGACCUGAGACAGAUCUCCAUCGACAGCCACCGCUACUCUCCCCCAGCAACCUGCCCCGGCCGAGGCCUGAGGACAAGCUGAGAAAAAAGAGGAAGCUUUUUGAUGAUGAUGAGGAAGAGGACCUCAGCGUGAGGAAGAAGGAAAAGUCAGACGAUCCUUAUUAUUCCAAACUUCUGCACCCAAUCAAGACAGAAGAGGAGGACGAAGAUGCAUAUGAGGAGGAUGAUGAAGAAGGAAAGGAGCCUCUCUUCCGGAGCAGUGCGGAGAGGAACAGGCGUUUGGGAGCCACUGAGGACGAAGUAGACGACAAAGACUCCAAGAACGAACUUUUGAUUCCGUCCCUCAAAACGCCCAUUGCAGACAGCGACCAGUCUCUCUGCAGCUCUCCGCAGGCCGGCCCCAGCAGCGAGGGCGGAAGCGAGACCCAGGAGAAAGGUCCGCGUCCGAAGGCUCGCCGUAAGCGCCGUUUACCGAACAGGGAACUGAGCAGGGAGCUGAGCAAAGCACUGAACCAGGAAAUCCAGAAGACGGAGGACUGCUUGGCCAACGAGAACCGGCAGCCCCUCAAGAUCGAGCCGGAGUUCGAAAACGAGGAACCCAAGAGGCUGUUCCGCAACGGCAGCGAGCUGGGGGAUCAGAGGCCCCACCUCAAGACCAAAGAGAUGAACGGGACCCCCUGGGAACUGCGCCACUUCUACCCCAGUCAGAUCACUCCCCUGGGCUUCAACAGGAGCACGCCGACCAACCGGCCAGUGCCUCCACGCUCUCCGCCCAAGUGUGUCCAAAUGGAGCGGCAUGUCAUCCGGCCUCCUCCGAUAAGCCCACCUCCCGACAGACUGCCACUGAAAGACGGGAAAACCCACGUCAUACAGCGCGAGGUCUGGAUGAAGAUCUUUGGCUAUCUCACACACCAGGAGCUGUGUGUCUGCAUGAGAGUUUGCAAGACAUGGAACAGAUGGUGCUGCGAUAAGAGACUGUGGAAAAAGAUCGAUCUGAACCGAUGCACCUCCAUCACUCCACUCAUGCUGAGCGGGAUUAUCCGCCGUCAGCCUGGGACCCUGGACCUCAGUUGGACCAACAUUUCCAAGAAACAAUUAAGCUGGCUUAUUAACAGAUUGCCAGGUCUGCGAGAGUUAAAGUUAUCAGGGUGUUCUUGGGCGGCCGUAUCUGCCCUGUGCACCUCCAGCUGCCCUCUCCUACGCACCCUGGAUGUGCAGUGGGUGGAGGGACUGAAAGAUGCCCAAAUGAGGGACCUCCUUUCACCUCCCACAGACAACAGACCAGGUCAGCUGGAUAACCGCUGCAAGUUGCGGAACGUGGAGGACCUGCUGCUGGCGGGGCUGGACAUCACCGACACGUCUCUGCGCCUCAUCAGUCGACAGAUGCCUUUGCUGUCCAGGCUGGACCUGAGCUACUGCAACCAUAUCAACGACCAGUCAGUCAACCUGCUGACGGCGGCAGGGACCACGACCAGAGACUCCCUCACAAAUAUCAACCUGUCAGGUGAGGACAGGGACCUGAGGAACGUCAGCGCAGGAAUAUACAAAUUCAGGAUUGUAUUUGCAACCGGGUCACAGACCAUUCCCUUAACUUCUUCAAGCGUUGUGGAAGCAUCUGUCAAAUUGACCUCCGCUUCUGCAAGCAGGUGACCAAGACGGCCUGCGAAAGGUUCAUAGCAGAGAUGUCUGUGAGCGUGCCAUUUAGACUGAAAGAGGACAAACUGCUGCAGAAGACGAGCUAGUUCCUAACGGGACAAAACAGACUGAAAGGUCUUUGCACUUAAUGGAACAAAUAUUUUUUUCUUUUCAAACUGGUCCUGUGAUAAGUCUCUCACUCAGUGUCAAAAUAAACUGAAAGGAGAGACAGAGAUUUCUGGAUAGAGAUCUCAAAUGGACUCUUCAAAUGUAAGAGGCUGAUAAACGAUCACUGGACAGAGAAAAGAGGAAAUAGCAUGCAUGUAUUUGUGUUGAGAUUUUACUUUUUAUAAGACGUGCUUGUAACUGACUGUUGGGUUGUUUAUUUUUAUUCUUUGAAUAUUUGAAAAGCACAGUAUUUUUAUACGAGCAACAUUUCAUGAGUUUACAGCAUCUUUCGCACCUGCUCAGGAGCUGAAUAUCACAGCGAGACUACACAAGAUGUGAACUCCAAUAUUGUGCCAUUCUUCACUUUUUCUUUCAUAUGACAGUGUCUCCUGUGAGCCAAAAUCAGUUUUUGACACAAAUAACUUCAGUAUCAGACAAAAACAAUGAUCAUGUACAGGAAUAAUAUCUGACUUAACUAUGAUAAACACUCUGAAAAUAUAUAUAGAAUGUAUUUGAACAGUUAUAAAUUUAAGUAAACAAAUUUCAUAUCAUGUUACACCUCAUUCGUCUUCAGUUAACACUUUUAUGAACAGUUGAGUGCUGUGUUUGAUGGGGGGUUUUCUCCAACAUUUCGACAUUAAUUUAUUAUUUUUUUAUUACAGUUUGUAUUUAUUCAUGUAUUUAGCAACUUGUACUUUGACAUAGGUGUCUCACAGAGCUGGGUCGAAUAAUUCUUGCCAAUAAUUUAUCGAGGUUGUUCGAGCUUAUUGCAGGACCCAGUUAGUGGGAUGUAACAUUCAGAGCCAGUACCAGGAUGUUGACUGUCACAGUAGGCAGGUGUGACCUACAGUUUAACCUGCACUGACUUAAUAUACUGCAGUCAGCCCCACACACCUGGUUCUCCGUACAGGUUUAAAUAAACAACCAACUAAAAGACCUUUGCAAAUAACUCAUUUGCAUAAUGUUGAAAUGAUAACUCCAUACAGUCGGUGUUGUGUGUACUUUGGGAUGUGUUGUGCUGUAAUUGAUCUGCUAUCGCCUCAGGUGAAUGUGAUAAUGUUUAUAUUUGUAAAUCCAAAAACUAAGUGCUAAUAUGCAUUAAAAGAAUUUCAUUUGUACCAUCA